UUCUCAUUUCAUGAUGCUCACCAUUGCAGUGCAUCCACAAAGCUGACUGGAACUGAUGCUGGAGUUGAUCUACACACAGGUGGCUGUCACACAAGGACACAGAACACACCAGGACAGAUAAUUCUGUUCAAGGAGCUUUCCAGACAAGACAGAGUGGAAGAGUGAGCCAUGGGUCAGAGGCUAAGCUGGCUCCUCUUCCUGACAGGACUGUUGGGGGUAUACACACAAGAUUAUUACAAGGAAGGUACAGGAGAGAGGAGAACCAGACUCAAUGGUCAAACGGCAAAUGUAUUGAAACAUGUUGGAGCAGCCAUCUUGGAUGAAGACUGUGGUCUUGAAUUGGCCUUCCUUGUGGACAGCUCAGAGAGUGCCAAGGGCCAUCACCAGCAGGAAAAGAAGUUUGCCAUGGACAUUGUUGAUGGUCUGCAGAGCAUCCGUUUAAACUCUGGGCGCAAACUUAACUGGAAAGUUUCAUUGCUCCAGUACAGCAGUCAUGUCAUCAUUGAGCAAACUUUCAAACAAUGGAGGGGCACCGAGAACUUCAAAAGCAGCAUCAGUCCUAUGAGCUAUAUUGGCCAUGGCACCUACACUACCUACGCUAUUACUAACAUGACAAAGAUCUUUUCUGAGGAAUCCAAAUCAGGGAGCAUCAAAAUCGCACUGCUUCUUACAGACGGAGUCUCCCACCCGAGGAAUCCUGACAUUUUCUCAGCUAUAGCUGAUGCCAAAAACCAGGGUGUGACGUUCUUCACCAUUGGCAUCACACACAUUGCCAAUGAGCCUGCAAACAUCGACCGUCUGAGGCUGCUAGCUAGCACUCCCCCCUCCCGCUUUCUUCAUAACCUUCAGGAUACGCACAUCACUGAGAAGAUCCUUACUGAAAUGGCUCAACUAGCAGAAGAUGGGUGCCCUGUAUCUCAGAAAUGUACAUGUGAGAAGGGUGAGAGAGGACCUAGUGGCCCAGCAGGAAAAAAAGGUCGCCCAGGUGAUGAUGGAGCCCUUGGGCCUAAAGGUCAAAAGGGUGAAAGUGGGUUGAACGGACUUUCUGGUCGUGACGGCUCAGAGGGUAAACCUGGCUACAAAGGAGAAAAGGGAAACAGAGGUGAAUGUGGUACACCAGGAAUCAAGGGUGACAGGGGUCCUGAGGGUCCUGUUGGUAUAAGAGGAUCCAGAGGGUUGCAGGGGUUACCGGGCCCACAGGGUGACAUCGGACCAGAGGGUCCACUGGGCAAGAAGGGUGAGCGUGGUUUGCCUGGUCCACCUGGCCUUCAGGGCGAAACUGGCAUUGGACUACCAGGGCCAAAGGGUGAUAUGGGAUUUCAGGGCAGACCUGGACCUUCUGGUCCAACAGGAAUUGGAGAACCAGGACCACCUGGGCCUCAAGGACCACAAGGAGUUCAAGGAGAAAAGGGACCAGUGGGAGAAGGAUAUCCAGGACCUAAGGGAGACCGGGGGCCGGAUGGACCGAGAGGCCCAAGGGGGCAACAAGGCGCUGGAAUCAAAGGAGAAAAGGGUGAUGUGGGGCCUGCAGGGCCUCUUGGACCAGUUGGGCUUCCUGGAGUUGGCAUUCAGGGGGAGAAGGGUGUGGAGGGUCCAAGAGGGCCUCCAGGAGGAAGAGGGCAACCAGGAGAGGGUCUGCCUGGACCAAAGGGUGAACAAGGAUUACCAGGAGAGGUUGGCAGUCCAGGAGACAGAGGAAUCGGAGAGUCUGGACCAAAGGGUGAGCCUGGUGCUGCAGGACUGGCAGGUUUACCUGGACUUCCUGGGGAGGAUGGCGCUCCGGGCCAAAAGGGUGAGCCUGGUGUAACAGGCCUGAGGGGACCUGAAGGAGUAGCAGGAAUUGGUACACAAGGAGAAAAGGGAGACCAAGGUCAGCGGGGUGUCAGAGGAUUACCAGGCCCACCUGGCAUAUCUGGCCCUUCAGGUGCCAAGGGAGAGCCUGGAACACCAGGACGAUUGGGCAUGCCAGGACUUCCUGGGCGAGCUAUUGCAGGACCAAAGGGUGAUGUUGGACCUGCUGGUCCUCCUGGACCAAUUGGAGAAACAGGAUAUGGGCUCCCAGGUCCAAAGGGUGAUCGUGGCAAUCUGGGCCCUCCUGGACCAUUUGGACCAAAAGGCGAAGGAUAUCCUGGACCAAUGGGUCCUCCUGGUCUCCCAGGUCUGCCUGGAGAGCCUGGACCUGAGGGCAUUGGCUUCCCUGGACCAAAGGGUGACAUUGGUUUCCGAGGUUUACCAGGUUUGCCAGGCCCACCAGGUGAAGGGAUUCAAGGACAACCAGGCAACACAGGAAGGCCAGGACUGCCAGGACCAGCCGGGCCCCCAGGAGAGGGCAUUCAAGGCCAUAAAGGAGAUCAGGGUCCACCAGGUGUCACUGGACCAAGAGGACCAACAGGGGAGGGACUCACAGGUGCUAAGGGCGAUAGAGGCUUGCAGGGUGAGAGAGGAAUGAAGGGAGUUAAAGGUGAAAUGGGUGACCCUGGACUCCCUGGAGAAUCUGGAAGACCUGGAGAAAAAGGCCAGAUGGGCCUCACAAGAGAGGACAUCAUUAAACUGAUCAAAGAGAUCUGUGGUUGUGGCAUUAAAUGUAAAGAGAGGCCUAUGGAGCUGGUGUUUGUAAUUGACAGCUCUGAAAGUGUCGGGCCUGAAAACUUUGAAAUCAUAAAAGACUUUGUAAUAGCACUAGUGGACCGCAUCACAGUAGGCAGAAAUGCCACACGCGUUGGCCUCGUCCUAUACAGCCUGGAUGUCCAUCUGGAGUUCAACCUGGCACGCUACAUGACCAAGCAGGACGUCAAGCAGGCUAUCAGAAAGAUGCCUUACAUGGGAGAGGGAACCUACACUGGCACUGCUAUUCGCAAGGCUACUCAAGAGGCUUUUUACAGCGCUCGCAAUGGAGUCAGCAAAGUGGCCAUCGUCAUCACUGAUGGACAGGCGGAUAAGAGAGAGCCUGUGAAGCUGGACAUGGCAGUGCGUGAAGCCCAUGCUGCCAACAUUGAAAUGUAUGCUCUUGGGAUCGUUAACACAUCAGACCCUACGCAGGCUGAGUUUCUCAGGGAGCUUAACCUCAUAGCUUCAGACCCAGACAGCGAGCACAUGUACCUCAUUGAUGACUUUAACACCUUAACUGCUUUGGAAUCUAAGCUCGUAAGUCAGUUUUGUGAGGAUGAGAAUGGAGCACUUAUCUACAAUCGCAUCACCAAUGGUGGCAACGGACACAAUGGAUACAGGCAUAAUGGCUAUGAUAACCACAAUAAUGUCUUAAAUGGGAAUAAUGGCUAUGGAAGUCAUCACUUAGAAUUUGACAAGAGGGUUAAUGUUCUGAGUGGAACCUACUCUGAACGAACCAACCCUGCUCCUUUUAAUGCUAAGAUUAAUGUAGACUUAAAAAGUCAUGUUCAAGGUGGCCACAAAGUAACUGAUGCCCAAACUGAGGUUGCACCUGUACAGCCUGUGCAUGAGGACAGCAAAUCAUCUUACACAAACACCAUAUCUUCAUCACUGCCAUCAUCAUCAUCAUCAACAUCGUCCUCUUCUUCCUCAUCAGGAUCUGUUAUAUCUACUUCGGUGGGCGUAAAGCCCCAGCCUCGUCCUGUUGUAGUCUCAGCUCCUUUGGAUCUUCGUUGCACCCUUGUCCUGAGCCAGGGGACCUGCCGAGACUACAUCAUCCGCUGGUACUACGACAAACAGGCAAACGCUUGUGCUCAGUUCUGGUAUGGAGGAUGUGAAGGCAAUGAGAACCGAUUUGACACUGAGGGUGACUGCAAGAAGACAUGUGUUCUUACAAGUAUAGCAGAUUAAGCUGGAUCUCAGAACUGAUAUUUUUACACUUAAGAAAAAAUGGACUGUUGCUUUUUUUUACUGUUCGCCAUCUGCCCUGAAACAUUAUACUUCUUUCACCAUUUUCAGAAAGUAUGUUUAAUGAAAGUUUAAGAAAGAGAAAAUAGGUUAAAAAAAAGAUUACUGUGAUUAUGUGCUCUGUUUUAGUGCAGUGCUUAUGAAGUAAAUCUGCCUGUUCUCUUUUCCUAUAAAGCACAAAUAACUCAUUUCCUGAUAUACCUCAAUUUUUAAAUCCAGCUUCCGUUUUUGUACCCUAUAGGGUUUCUGCACUGUUUCAUUAAUAUUUUUCAGUUGUAGAACUGUAUGUCUACAUUUUGUCAUAUGCAGUACCAUAUAAAUAUUAAAUAUAUUAUCAUAUACAAAGUUACCUUUUAGACUUUGUCAUGCAGAAUGUAUAAGUUGCUAUGAUUUUAUAGAAAUCUAGGCUUUGCAUUCUUUACUUGAUAUGAUAGGAUCAAUAUGAUGGAUAAAGCAAUUUUUUAAAAUCUUUUUUAAAUACAAGUGUUGUUAACUGUAAAGUUUUAACUGUGAUUAAUGUUAGAAACUGGUACACUGUGAGUACAACAUGUAUGACUGAUGCUUUUGUACUUUUUUAAUAAAUGUAAAUGUUUUCAAUAA